GGACGCGGUGUCGUGGCGGGUGGAUGUUUUGCCAUGAAUCCUGCUUUAUCUGAUGGCGAAGAGGAAGAGCAACCAAGAACAUCUCGCAGAAGCAACAACCUCCCGUUGCACGGGAGCGAGAAAACGAUGAAUCUGAACAGCAUGGUACUCACCAACGUUCUCAACAGCGUUUACUUCAAGAACGUCUUAGUUCAACUUAAGACGUAUCACGAAGUUGUUGACGAGAUUUACAAUCAUGUUUAUCAUUUGGAACCUUGGGAGAAAGGAAGUCGAAAGCUCGCCGGACAAGUUGGCAUGUGUGGAGGAGUGCGAGGUGUAGGCACGGGAGGUAUUGUUUCGAGUGCUUUUUGCUUACUUUUCAAGCUUUUUACUUUGAGGCUUACAAGAAAGCAAGUGAACGGUCUCAUCAACCAUCGUGAUUCUCCGUACAUCCGGGGAAUCGGAUUUUUAUAUAUCAGGUAUACGCAGCCACCUGCAGAUCUUUGGGAUUGGUUUGAGGCAUAUUUGGAUGAUGAAGAGGAGGUUGAUCCUAAAGCUGGAGGUGGAAAUCUGGUGACAGUUGGUCAAAUGUGUCAAGAAAUAUUGUCGAAGCUUGAGUGGUAUGGUACAUUGUUUCCUCGUAUUCCUGUUCCUGUUCAGAAAUUGAUUGAAGAACGACUGCGAGAACAUCGACGUGCCGUUUAUGCUGCUGUAAAUGAAGAUGAGCCCAAGGAAGAGCCAAAUGAAUAUCAAGAGGAAACAGACCAAAAGGUCACCAGAAGCAGUAGUAAGGAGAGAGGAAGAGACCUGGAAAGAGACCGGGAAAGGAGGAGAAGUCGAAGCCGAAGCCGAGAUAGGAGACAUGGCAGCAGAGAGAGGCAGUCCCGAAGAAACAGCCGUGAGAAGAGAGGAAAGCGAAGUCGAUCUAGAGAUAGGCAGAAUCGACGACCAUCAAGGGAAAGGAAGGAUCGGGAACAAGGCAGGCGAGAGAGAAGAAGCCGAUCUAGAGAUCGCAGGAGCAGGUCAAGAGAUAGAAGUCGAAGGGAACGAAGCAGAUCGAAGGAUAGAAGUCAUUACAGAGAAAGGGACAGAAAUCGUGACAAGAGAGGACACAGUAACUAUGAUUAGACGUUUGGGACAGUGCUGACUGUUUUAUGUUAUAGUCGUUUGGCUCUUUUCUUUCAUUGUUGUAGACACACGUGGUUGUGUGUACAUACAGUAAUGAGUACGGUUUAUGCCUUACAAUAGUGUAUUUCGUCUUGGAGCUUAAAACUUCACAGUAUGAGAGCAUUCCUGUAUGUUUAUACGUAGUUGAUCACGGAAUUCAUCAUUGUGUUUAGCUAAGCUAUCUGCCAUCUAAGAUUACAUGU